AUGAAGGAGCCCGGAGAGUCUAUUGGAAAUAUAGGACUAACGAGUGAUGACAAUGUUUUGUUAGUUUGCGCUAAGUAUGGUAUUGCAAAGGGAAGCUUCACUGAUGGAACCAUAGAAUAUAUAUUGAUGUAUAACCAUAAUGAAGUGCAAAAAAAUAGAUUGAGGUCUAAUGAUGGCUUAAUUGAUCCCUGGGGACACCUUUGGAUUGGUGUGAUGUCUGAUUUCCCAAUUGUUCAGUUAGAGGGUCAAGAAGCACAGGAAGGAAAGCUAUACAGAGUGAAUUGUCAUGAUUUAACAAUUGAUGUCAUGUUGGAAGACUGCUUUAUACCUAAUGGAUUGGCUUUUUCGGCAGAUAGGAAGAAGUUAUACUUUACUGAUUCCUUGACAAAUGCUGUGUGGGAAUAUGAUUAUGACUACAUUCCUAAUAAGUUGUCUAAUAAACGAGUUGUAUUAAAUUUUAAAGAUUACUUGAAUACUUCUGAUGCUGUGCCAGAUGGAUUAGCAAUAUCAAAGAAUGAGGAUAUAUUCUCAGCUGUUUAUAAUGGAUCUAUGGUGUUGAAGUAUACGACGACUGGAAGAAUCUUACAAAAAUUUAAUUUACCGGCAGAAAGAAUUACCUGCGUGACGAUCGGGGGCAAAGAUUACGAUGAGCUUUACAUCACAAGUGCAAAUGAAAAUCUGACCAAUUUUGAUAUUGAAAUUGACGCAAAUGAUAAGUCUGGAGAUCUUGGUGGUUUUCUUUAUAGAAUUGCAUUAGGAGAAUCUUUGAAUGGUCAUAUAAUGAAUACGUGGGGAGGUAAAUUGAAAAAAAAUAUUCCUGUAUAA